CUGGUGGAAGAAAUUCGGUAUUUAGCCGCUGAUCCGUUAACAGUGACGGAGUGGAGUGAACCAUUCGAGGGUGUGGAGUGGACAGAGAAGCAGCAAAAUGCAACAAGUGGGCAGACAGGCCUACACGAAAUGGAGCUCAAAGUGACCCUGCUUUGCAGUUGCUGCAUUCCACGCUUUGAAGACCAGAUAGAGCCAGUCGAGACACAGAAGAGUGUUGUGAAUGUGUCGGGUCAGGAGGGAGUGAGCUGGUCUCAUCCGACAUCGACUCUUCAUUCGGCUUCAGCGCGUCGAUCGGUCGCGCAGCCACCCGCAAACGACUCGAGCUUGGCUCGUCUGGUUCAGCACCCUCACAUAAAAAGUCACCAUCGCGUAACAUCCAAGAGUGACGGUCGCCGAUGCAGCAGGUCGUCUCGAGACCCCUGGAGCCCGCCCACUCAUCACAUUUCGGUCGAUGAGGGGCCGGUCUUAGCCCCAGUCCUUGUGUCCUCGUAG